ACAACUAAUUUGACCAAUAAGGCAAGGAGGUUUUAGUCAACCGACGCAGAUGAGCGAGAGAAUCAUUCCAGUCUUCAAUGGGGCGAAUCGUUCAUCGCAUUCCUCAUGCCUUUACAUAAUUGUAUAGCUAAAGAAGACACCGAAUGGCAUGGUAGUUGCGCAGAUAGCCUAGGCUACAUCAUAACACUUUUCCUGGAACGGAGUUUGCCUUUUUGAACGUUAAAACGACGACGGAACUGUUCUUUCUACUUCAUCUUGUCUGUGCGGCAAAGCAAUGGAACGCAGAAGUUGAAUAAUUCAGUAUUGUGAAGCCUCUACUGCUGUGAAGAUAAGUGGAGAGUGCCUGUGAACUUGUAUUGUAACAGUGUAUCAAACUUUGGGGAACAUUUCAAAUGAACAAAUUGCAGGCCAUGUGCGGUUUUCACACGGUAUCACUGCAUUGCACAUUAUUUGGUGAACCUCGUUCAUUCCCCACUGGCGCGUACUGAAUGGGAGGGAAUGGAUUUGGAUGACUUCUUUUUGACAUAUUUGAUGAAUAUACUGAUAACCAAAUUCAUAUGUUGAAGUCUUUCGUUUAUUCGGAUCAGUCUACUUCGAAAUGGCAAGUUUUGCCGGGUUUAUAAAGUGGACUGGGAGAUCAACUUUGUAUUUAUGCUGUGCGUUUGCCCUGUUCGGUUGUCUUUGCAUUGCGUCCCCCACUCAUGGUCGUCGGCUCAUCUGUUGGCAAGCCAUUAUGAAGUGUCAUGGAGAGCCGGAUUGUCACUACGCAUAUGACCAAUACCUUUACGCCUGUGCGCCUGUUAUCAACGGGGAUAGGAAGAAGUGUCCCAGCCACUGCAUAUCGUCCCUUAUCCAGCUGAAUCUAACUGAGACCGGCCCGUCUCUAGAGGACUGUGACUGCGCCUCGGACCCCGUCUGCCGGAGCACCAAACGCGCCAUAGAGCCGUGCCUGCCUCGGACAAGCAACAUGGGCUGCACCGAAGCCCGGCGGCAGUGCGAGAGCGAUUACCAAUGUAGCUCGGCAAUGCGUGACUAUUUGUUUCACUGCCGUAAACUUUUCGGAGGCGAGAGAUGUUCGGACGAUUGCAGGAGGGUGAUAGCCAACAUGCGCAAUAUGCCCAAAGCACAACAACUUGAUACUUGUGUUUGUGAUGGCACGGAGAGGACGAUAUGCGAGUACGUCAAAGUUAGUAUGAAAAACUUUUGCUUUGACUCUAUGGACAGAUACGCAGGCAGCGGGUUUUCUGAUUCGGACUCUGAAGAUGAUUAUGAUGAUAUGGAGGAUUAUGUCUAUGUGGAAAACGCUAGUGAUUCACCUAAAUCCGCCUGUCGGGGUGUAUGGACUUCUACUGUGGCCACCAUUUUGGUUCUAAUGCGUCUUAUCUGAUAGGGCAGUCUACCCAAGUUGAUUCAGCUGUUGGGGAAGUUGUUAGAGAAAUAGAGAGCCCUGUGAAAGGUUGACACAGAGAGACAGAAUAGCCCAUGAAAGUGUUGUGACACCAGCACACCUGCUUUAGCAUAUACUUUGUGUGUUUGGAAGAUUUUAUGGCCUUUGCUCUGCUGUCUUCAUAAUGGGGCUUCUCAACAUUCUAUCUGGUCUCAGUCUCAGUCUUUAAGCUCUAGUCAGUUGGUAAUCAUCUAAGUGAGAUGUAAAAAUGCAUUUACCUAACCACAGUUUGAUUUGUUAUUCAAUAUUAUUAGCCUUAAUCAUGUCCCAGACAUUUCCAUAAACUCAGUAUCAAUAUCAAGUUAAGGGAGAUUAUUUUUAUAUGUCAAAAUGUGUGAAGUUAAAUUGUACAGUAUAUUGUAUGAUAUGGAUUUUUUUCCCCAGAGUUAUUUGUUUAUUACUGCUAAGAGGAUUUUUGCACUGUAUAGAAAUGUCAUGAAAUGCUUCACUGUCUACAUUGUAUUUUAGUGAAAAUAUAAAUGUUCUUGCUUAAAAUUC